AUGCUGGCCAUUCCUAGGGGUCAAAGGAUUAGGAGGAGUAGCCAAUACACCCUGUCAUUCAUUGCCACUGUAACCAGGAUACACCCUGAAAUGACAAGUCACUCCAAUACUGUACAGACUUUGACUUUUGAUUUCUUAGAAUCCCCAAGAGCCAAUGGAUUGAUAUCAGAGCAAAUGCAAGCAUUUGAUGGAAUUAUCCUGGAUUUCAUGAAAGAACAAGAUAUUCCUGGGGCUAGUGUGGCGAUAAGUAGAGGUGAAGAACUGAUAUACUGUCAAGGUAAAUACAAACUGAAAAGAGAUAAUUGUUAACCUUUUCAAACAAUUUUUGUAUUCUACAAAUGGGAAUUAAAUCAAUAUACUUGUAGGAAAAGAAAGCUUUGAAAUUGAAAUCCAGCUUGCCCUUCAGAAUUGGAGUGGAAAUUGUUGCUUGUCUCUCAUCCGAGAUAAAAUGAAUAUUAAAGAUUCUUUGCAAAAUUUUACUUUUUUUCCACAUCCUGUGCCAACAAGGCCUAAGAUUAGAUUUACCAUUAGGUAGAAGGUUAAUACUGUAACCCCUAAGACUGGCCAGCAUCCAUUUUCUGCUAACAAUCUCAUCCCCUUAAGUCAAACAUCAGGGUCAUGAGAAUAGUGGAAAAAAUCACCACCUUAGGAAGCUCUUGAUUGUUAACCCCUGUAACUCUUAUAAUUAAGUGAACAAAUCCAAAUUUCUCAUUAGUAUGUCAAAUAGAAAAGUUAUGAGUAUAAGGAAAAGACCAAUUAGGAGAUUAUUAGUUGAUCCAAUACAAAAUUCUCAGAACUAAUGUCAUAGAAAUUGUAUGGUAGACAGUAAGGAGAAUUACUAAUGAGAUCUUGGGAGUGAAAGGAUCAAACAAUUCUCCUUUUCAUUACUUCAGAAAAUGUAUACAGAACAGUAUGGAGAAUAUACACACUAUAGUCAGGUUGUAAAGGAUUGAAGCUUGGUAUUGUAAUCAGGUUGGGCACCAAAGAAAGAGGUUUUAUUAAGGAGAGCAAAGGAUUUGAAGGGAUGCUCCACUGAAUUUUUUCUCAAAUGCAAACAACGAUGGGUAAAACUUAAUUCUCAGGGUAGACCAGAAAGAAAAAGAAUUGCAACAGUCUGUUGAAUGUGUACAGUCCUAUUCAGGCCCCUUUUGACUUUUUCAUUAUUAGGCUAUGGCUGUGCAGGUGCAGGAAGGAAAGUGCAACCAGAGUUAAUGUUCAGAAUUGCUAGUAUCAGCAAAACAAUUACUGCUGUUGGUGUUAUGAGACUUGUUGAAGAAGGGAAAUUGUCUCUGGAGGAUAAAGUGUUUGGUCCAAAGGGUAAUCUCCUUUUUGUUGGUUUGAGGAAAACUGUAAAUCAGUUAAAAGUAGAGUUUGAUCUCCAUUUACAUUCUGGAAUGUUAUCAGUAUUUUAAUUUGACGCUUUUUUGUUGAAUAAUUUCAAGUAUGCAGCAAACAAUCUUGAAUUCAGUAAUGAUUGUUUAAGACAUCAUGGCUUGUGCUAUCACUGUUUAAUCUAUAAAAUCUUAAAUCCAUCUUUAUUUUUCCUAAAUAAGCGAUACAUUCAUAUUUACAUAUUUUAUGAUUAUAUUUAUUUUCAAGGAAUUUUAAAGGAGUACAAUCCCACAGAAAUUGGUGAUAUUCGACUCUUAGACAUCACACUGAAACACUUGCUUCAUCAUUCCGCUGGGUGGGACAGAGACAGGGCUGGGGACCCUGUGUUCUGGAAAGUUGGAAAACAUAUGAAUGUUGCUGAACCUGUGGCACCUUGUGUACUAAUACAGUACAUGAUGGGAAGAAAACUUCAGUUUGCCCCAGGUGAGUACAAUCGCAAUGGAGUAGUAGAGGAAUUACCAUAAACACUGAUGUAUAAGCCACACUUUCAGAUAAGCCACACCCUGAGUUUCACAACUCAAACUUUGGACUAAAAGUUUUUGAAAAGAAAUCAAAAGGAGUAGAUGAAAAAAUACAUCAGGAGUCUUUAGAAAGUUGCCUUAAAUUCUUUAUCUCAUGAAAAUAAAGAUUUAUUACCAAGUAGUAUUUAGCUGCUUAAGGAAGGCCGAGAAGGUUUACUGCCACUCAGUAGCAAGAAAGAUGAGGUUAUGUAUAUCAACAAAAAUGUUUCUUUAAGGAGCCACUACACUUGGAAAAGCAAAGAUCAAUUUAUUUUCUUGUAUAUUUUAUAAAUAUUUAAUGGAUAGUGUCAAUUUAUGCAAAUUUGUGGCACAUUUUCUAGAUGCCAUACCCCUGAUUUGUUAUAUAAAUUUUUGGAAAAUUGGUGUGGUUUAAACACUGGUGUCAUGUUAUUGUAUAUUAUUUAAAACUCAGUCCAGUUUAAAUAGUUCACAUCUCAUAGUAUCUCUGCCAUCUGCAUGAGGGAGAAGAAGUAGUGUAGAACUUUAUUCUCUCUUCCAUCUCAACACUUUCCCACCUUACUCAUCUGUAUUAUUUGGGAGUUAUUAAUACUGAAUUGAAUGGAUAUGGGGUUAUUUUGUGCUUAAUAGCAAUAUCUAAUAACACCCCUGAUAACACACAUCACAAUAAUUUUAUUCCCCUUUUCUUCAACAAGAGAGGGAUUCUUCUUCUUACACAGUCAAGUGAAAAGUCACUGAACUGGAUCUUUUCAUGAGGUGAUUGGACAUUACAAAGUAUAUGCCUAAUUAAUUUAAAAUGCUAUAGAUGCUGAAAUAUCAAUGGUAUGAAUAAUUGUGAUCAAAUUAAUUCAGAAUUCUGCAGUAAAAACUAUGAUUUGUGGUGUAGCUAUAUUAUUCACAUGUAUGAUAAGCUGCCUUACUCCUUCAUCCUUUUUAUCACAGAUAGUUAUCUGAGUGUGUAGCAUUUUGCAGUCACAUACAUGUGAUUGUGUUGAACUUAAUUCCUGUUUCAUUGUUUGAUUGUCUAUUUGUGCAUGUUAUUUUGUUCUGUUGUGUUUUAUUUUUAAAUUGAUUUUUUUUUCUUGGAAGGGAGAAGACAUGCCUAUUCCAAUCUUGGUUAUACAGUUUUGGGCCAAGUCAUUGAGAGAGUGACUGAUCAAGGAUAUGAAGAAUUUAUGGCGACUCUUUUGGAGGCCGUGGAAAUAAAGCAAAUGAAAAUUGGUAGAACUCGCAAGAAUGAACUCAGUGAUGAGGAGGUAGAUUUAUCUUAUUCCUCCCAUUUUCAUAAAAUUAUUCCCGACCUUCCCCACAUCCACCCCCCACAGUUAGAAUUUUGCGUGGUUUAGUCCCGGCUGGGUCAUUGAUUUGCUCUCUUACACCGGACACUGUGCUCCCGCGGUGCUUCCAUUCAGGACUGCAAAUUAGCUAGCGGCCUUUAAGACUAGAGGAACACUGAGGUCCCCCCUGUUGGAAGUCCGUGAAGAACGAGGGUUAACGAAAUUAGGGCUGUCAUUGAGCUUAAAAGUAGACGGCAAAUAAAAAAAUUGGUGUGCUUAGUCAUCAUUAACGCUUUUUUAUUUCCUCAGAUACACGCAAAACUAGGAACUAUUCAGUCACAAAAGUGUCAGGCGUGUCCUUUGAGCGUGGGAUUGAUUCUCACAUAUAAGCCUCUUGAUGGUAAAUUGUACUUUCAAUUCCGCUCAAAACAAAGAAAUGACUGCCGCACAAAUUUCAUCAUUGAUGUUUCAGUAAUUUGUAGAUUUUUUCUUCGGUGAAGGAUGAGGUGAAAAUCACCGUCAGACUAGCUCGGGGUUUUGGCCGGCUACCGGCUCCCAUUGACAGCCCUGCAUGAUAGUUUGGCACUGUUGUGAUUCACUGAAAUGGGUCUCUACUCAGUAGUUUUACCUUAAUGGGUGGGUAGCUUUUAUUGGACGGAUUGGGAAAAUUUAGAUUCACCAGGUUGCUGGAUAUUGACUUAAUCCUUUCUCCACCUGUUUUCCCAGGUGGAAUAUUUUCACAAUCGUCACCCCAGGAUGGUGAGGUCGAUUUUUCCUGACGGCUGUAAAGUACCGCCACAGUACGGAAGGUGGACCAUGGAAGAAGCGGACGCCCACGGGGGUUGGAUCGCCACUGCUUCUGAGCUGUUAAAGUUUCUCCUCUCCUUAGAACCGGGUGUUAAUGGGAAAAGAAUCAUCUCACACGAAACUUUCCAAAAAAUGCUCGAUAAGCCGUCAUUUGAGAAGGAUACAGAGGAAUGGUACGGAUUUGGUCUCGACAUCCGGGACAAUGGAAGCACUUGGGGUCACAGUGGACAGAUGGAGGGUACCUCAGGUGUUUUGACACGACACUGCGAGGGGUACGCUUGGGCACUGUUGUUCAAUUCUUGGGCUAAAGAUCUCGAUCUUGAUGGACUGGUAAAGUACGCUUUGAGUAGCACUUUAUGUGUAUCAAUGCAGCCAAGUUUAAGCGGUGUAUUUCCAAGCAGUAUCACAACGGAAGAUAAACGACAACUGAUUAAAAUAAUGGUGCCAAAACACGAUUUCUGGCCAUUGUACGAAGAUGUAAAGAGUCGAGGAUUUGAUUUAACAUGGCUAAACGCCUAUAGAUUUGCGAAUGCUUUAUACUUCAAUAUGAUUUUUUUCCAGAACGUUUAUUUAAAUUCAGCCAUAUCUAUUUAUAUUGGACUUACAAAGGAUGCUUGCCGAGAAAGACUGAACAAGCUUGUUGGUCUACGGCCCGUCCAUAUCGAAACUUACGUUGAUAACAACGACCUACUUUACGCUCUGCUGUUAACUUCGAAUGAUGGUAAUGGAGUGUCGUGGACGUUAGAUUUGGAUCUCACCGUGGCUCAGCAUCGAAAAAAUAUGCCUGUGAUGUUUAAAAGUGGUUUUAACCUCACUGUACAGUGCUUGACCGAAUACAAAGGCCGGUUGCAUGUCUCAGUUCUAUACGAAAAGGUCUUGAAUGGCGAAUGCAUUGCAGAAUUUGACUUGAAACCAGAUUAUUACCAGUUUGAAUUUCACAAACAAGCAAAGGAGGGAUUGAUGUUAUCUUACGCUAAGGCCUAUAACGUGAAAGGUCAACCUCGAUUUAGUGUGAUUUGGACCAAUGAGAAGGCAGAAAUCAGUGGAACCCGACAUAACGUGUCCAAAUAUGGGUUUUUGUUUGAACUGAGAGAAGCGGCGAAAAAGAACUUUUAUGCUAAGUGUGUAAGCUGUUAUAACAAUGAAGAUGUUCUAAACUUUUUAGCUUCUUGGAACAAAUAA